CUGAUGAAAGAAUAUGAUAUGCUGUAGGCUACAGCGGGGGUGGUUGAGGACCAGAACACGCAUCCAUCAAGGCGGGAGCGCGCAUUGUGAAGAGGCGGGGCAGCGGGAAUAUCUCUUUCCGGAUAUUUACCUCCACCUGCCCGCGCGACGCGCCCAGUUCCAAGGUUUUUAACAGCGGUAGUAUCAACGGACAUGACAAAGUUCCCAAAUCCAGGACUACUGAGGUAUUUUAACUGAUCUUCUCGAGCUAGAUUGUCUGUGUUCUCAUAACAAUCCUCCAGGAUCAACUUGAUAUCUGAAGUGAAGUAACGUUAAAGUUGCUGAAUGGCAUGUUGAGCGUAGCAGCAGAAGAACCUACAACAUUUACGUUUUUCGUUCAUAGAGCCUACUUAGUUUAAAGUUCACGUCGAGGCUGUAUGUUUCAAAUUACGUCCAAUAUACUAUAUGGUAGGUUAUCUUAUUCUCCGUGUUAAUCAUUGCGAUACACUAGUUUAAUCGAUAACCGAGAUGACGUUGCUCAUCUGAAAACAAGUUCGCCAAUGCAACCAGGAGCAAAUCUCAGGCCUAGUUGACACACUUUAAAUAGGCAAUGUUGUAUACCAAUACUGCCCACUCAACAGUCUAGACUUGGCAAAAAACUCUGUCCUAAAAUAGUUUAGGCAGCUCAGUUCUAACUGGUGUGAAUGUCAUUAUCAUCAUGGAAAAUCAGGCGUGAGAGAGUGCUCUACUCACUGUAAUGUAUUCAGAGUGAGUCCAAACAUUAACGUGUGUGUGUGAGAGAGAGGCCUACAAAAAGACCUGUCCCACUCCCCUCAGCCUACAUUAACAAGCACACACAGGGCUGUUAUUAAAAGCAUGGGUUAGUGGGUUGAUGCCCAGUAGAACUGGUGUGUAAAAAAAAAAAACUGCAGCUUGUGUGUGUGCAUGUAGAUCUGAGAUCAGUUCCUAGGCCUGUGGAUGGACCAGCUUGUCUCUGACAAUGUUUAACAUUCUUAUCAUUCAGCAGUCUGCACAGGGCGGAGGAGAGAACAGGGAAAAAAGGACAUGUUCAGACUCUGGACAGAUAAUAAUGUAUUAUCAACAUACACACUGCAUUACUCAUUGUAGCAUGAUACUAUUCCAGACACACAAAUUACUCACUGGGCCUGUGUGUGUGAAGUACAAAAGGGGCUGUUCACUGCAGAUGAUGUCAUCCUUAGGGAGGGGCUAAACUACAUGAGCAGAUAUCAUCACAGUUUCCAGAGUCUGGAGGUGUUUCAUUAAGAUGUGUGUGUGUUAUCUCUCCCCAGGUUGUGGAGAGAUGGACUGAGGGUUGUGUCAGUGUGUGUGAGUGAGUGAGUGAGUGAGUGAGUGAGUGAGUGAGUGAGUGACGCGUAAUUCAGAGUGCAAAGACACAGAGACGUGACAGUCCCGCGUUCCAUUGUGACAUAGCUACGCUGCUCUGAGACCACUGUCUGCAGGGGGAACACACAGCCAUAACGGGUACCUCCCCAACAUUCCCAACCAACAUGGCUCCACAUACUCGUCCCUCUCUUGAUUUGAAUGUGUUGACAGUUGGGGAAAUAGCUUGAGCCGCAUUGAGAAUUAGAAAAGUUGAGUAACCCGCGGUAACAGACAUGCCCAAACCUGAUCUACUGUGUUUGGUUCAACUACUGGACAACACUAUCCAGACCUUUACAGUCAACAAGCAGGAUGCAGGUGAGGUUUUGCUGGAGCAGGUGUGUAACCAGCUGGGUCUGCAGGAGAGACACUUCUUCAGUCUGCAGCUACGAGACUCCAACACCACCAUCGUCACUCAAACACACUCUCCUAGGUGGCUGGAGGCCAACAAACCACUGAAGAAGCAGCUGAAAGGAGUUGUCUCUCCAUUCUACCUGACCCUCCGAGUCCGAUUCUUCAUCUCAGACCCCAACUCUCUACAGCAUGACCAGACCAGACAUAUGUACUUCCUCCAGAUCAGGAGUGACAUCAGAGAGGGCAGGUUGAAGUGUCCUCUGAGUGCAGCUGUAGUACUGGCCUCCUAUGCUGUGCAGUCUGAGCUAGGUGACUACUCCCCAGACCUUCUCCCUGGUUACCUGUCCAAGAGCCACUUCCUCCCAGAGCAGGAUGAUGACUUCCUGUCUAGAGUAGAGGCUCUGUACCCAGGGCACAGGGGGCUGAAGCAGAGUGAGGCAGAGCUGUGUUUUCUCAACACAGCAAGAACUCUGGAGAUGUAUGGAGUGGAGCUACACACUGCCAUGGACUCCGACAGUUCCCCCCUAUUGGUGGGAUUGGCCUCAGGGGGCGUGGCUAUCUUCUGUAACAUGAUUUGCUCCAGUUUCUUCCCCUGGGUGAACAUCAUCAAGAUAUCCUUCAAGAGGAAACGCUUCCUUAUGCAGCUCAGACGCAAACAUGGGGAGACGCAGGACUGUGUAGUGAGCCUGGUCCUGCCAUGCCCCAGGGCCUGUAAGAACCUGUGGAGGUCAUGUGUGGACCAUCACUGCUUCUUCUACACCAACCUGGCAACCCGUAGCCCACACCACACCAACCUGGCAACCCAGAUACACAACAAGCUGCUCCCACAACACUGGGCCUUGGGCAGCACUAAAACAGACAGUGGUCCAGUGUGUAAGAAAGUGAUGGGUGGGAUGGAGUGGAACCCAGCUCUGAGGGGAUCCACCUCGUCAGAACACCUGGAGACCAAGAGCCUACCGUCCCGAUCCCCUCCGCUCACACCCAACUGGCGGAGUCCUCGUGUACGUCAUGGCGCCCGUAAACCCCGCCCCUCCUCAGUGGAGCUGAACAAUGACCUGCGAGAUGUGUCGGAGGGGGAGGAUGUCUUUUACACCUACAGGGUCUCCCUCAGCAGCAGCAGGGGCAGCCAGGAGGGCACGCCUACACACAGUGUUUCUGGCACUCACAGCCAAGGAGGUGGAUGGUCGCAGGUUGAUGACAUCAGCACAGGAGAGGAAGACAUUAAGGCCACCUCUCACUACCGGGACAAGCGUGCUCUUGGUGAUGGCGACCUGCUAUUGGUGCGUCUCGCUCCUGAUGACGAUGGAAAGUUUGGUUUCAAUGUCAAAGGUGGCGUGGACCAGAAGAUGUCCCUGGCCAUAUCCCAGGUCAACCCUGACUCCCCUGCGGGGCGGGUUGAGCCAAGGUUGUUGGAAGGUGACCAGGUCGUGCUGAUCAACGGUCGCGACAUCUCUGAACACACGCAUGACCAGGUGGUCAUGUUUAUAAGAGCCAGCAGAGAGUCCCACUCCAGAGAACUGGCUCUGCUUAUACGACGCAAAGGUCCAGGGCGUGUGGCCCCCCUGCUGCAGUUUCCCUCUGCCCUGUCUCUGACUGGCCAAUCACACGGUGAUCCACUGCUUCUGCCUGGCCAAUCAGAACAAGGCCAGACACUUGAAGAGUCCAUGAAACAACUGGAGAGGGGAAUCCAGACAGGCACUCUCACCUUCCACUUCGAGAACCUGUACAUGAGGAAGCCUGGCCUGUCGGUAGCCUGCGCUCGUCUCCCUGAGAACACAGACAAGAACAGAUACAAGGACGUGCUGCCCUAUGACAUCUCCAGAGUGGUACUUCAGGACCAAGAGGACUACAUCAAUGCAAGCCACAUCACGGUGAUGCCCCCAGGGUCUGGUGUGUGUCUGCGCUACAUUGCAGCUCAAGGACCGCUGCCUCAGACCUGCACUCACUUCUGGCAGAGUGUGUGGGAGCAACACACACACACCAUCAUCAUGCUCACCACACUCACCGAGAGAGGACGGACUAAGUGCCACCAGUACUGGCCACACCCUCCUGAAGUGAGGGAUUAUGGGUACCUGAGGGUCAGCUGCCACUCUGAGGAAUGCAACCUGGCCUACGUCACACGCCAAUUCACCCUCACACACACACAGCUGAGAGAGGAGCGUUCGGUGACCCACCUGCAGUAUGUAGCAUGGCCAGAUCAUGGUGUACCUGACGACCCCUCAGACUUCCUGCUGUUUAUCACCUCUGUUAGAGAGAGGAGGACAGGAGACACACCACUUAUGGUGCACUGCAGCGCAGGGAUUGGGCGUACAGGUGUUCUCAUUACCAUGGAGACGGCGUUGUCGCUGUUGGAGAGCGGUCGACCUGUGGUCCCUCUGGACAUCAUCAGGACGCUCCGAGACCAGAGGGCCAUGAUGAUCCAGACCACGAAAAGGUCAAAGGGCCAGGAGCUGUUUGACCAGAUCAGGUAUCAUCUGGACCUGGUGGAGGCUGACUACUUUGGACUGCAGUUCAUGGACCCAGAACAAGUCUCACACUGGCUGGAUGUGUCCAAGCCAAUAAAGAAACAGAUCAGAGAUGGUCCUCCAUACAGACUGUUUUUCAGGGUGAAGUUCUACUCCUCAGAGCCCAAUAACCUACAUGAGGAGUUCACCAGGUACCUGUUUGUGCUGCAGCUUCGACAAGACAUUCUGUCCGGCAAGUUGAAGUGUCCAUAUGAUGUCUCAGUAGACCUGGGGGCCUACUGCUUACAGAGUGAACUGGGGGACUGUGACCCUCUAGAGCAUUCUCCUGAGCUGGUGUCAGAGUUUCGCUUCACACCCAAACAGAGUGAGACCAUGGAGGCAGACAUCUUUAACAAGUGGGUGGACCUAAGGGGUACGGAUCCAUCCCAGGCAGAGACCAGCUUCCUCAACAAGUGUAAAUGGCUGGAGCUGUACGGAGUGGACAUGCACUUUGUCAAGGGAAGGGACGGAGCAGAGUACGCUCUGGGUCUGACUCCCACUGGCAUCCUGGUGUUUGAGGGCUCCACCAAGAUAGGCCUCUUCUUCUGGCCCAAGAUCACCCGCCUGGAUUUCAAAAAAAGUCGACUCACCCUAGUGGUGACGGAGGACGAUGAUCAGGGGCGGGAGCAGGAGCACACCUUUGUGUUCCAGUUGGACAGUUCGAAGACGUGUAAACACUUGUGGAAAUGUGCUGUGGAGAGCCACGCCUUCUUCCGGCUGCGCCAGCCCACAGCUGGGAAGGCCUCCAGCAGUGACUUCACACGCCUUGGAUCACGUUUCAGGUUCAGUGGAAAGACUGAGUACCAGGCGACCCACGGAGGGAGGCUGAGGAGGGCCAGUACGUUUGAGAGGCGACCCAGCAAGAGAUACCCCUCUCGCACUCACUCUUUGGGUGGCAAGGCCCUCUCUCCAGCCAAACCACCACAUAUCAGCGCCCACACCAGCCCCGAACCUAGUCUACACCCAUCUUUUUCUCCAUCUAUCUCUGUUCAGUACCAGCGUAACAUCCCUAUAGCCCAUGAGCCUUGGCACCCAGCCCUCACACCCCCCAUCUACCUACAACACUCAGGACACACAUCCCCGCACAGUUUCCCUCGGCGUGGUCCUGUCCUGGGAGGGGAGCAGCAGUUCAGUGUUGAGGAGAACGAGACGCCGUACUCUGGAAGCAUACACCAUCGCCACCGCAGACACACACACUACGACAGCCAGGAGACUUACUGUCACACACACAAGAACAAACACAGAGCCCCUCCCUGUCCUGUAGAUGAGUUGGAGGUCUGUCUGCUCAACCCCCUGGAGACAGACAGCAACACCUCUCCCUGGCCUUCACUACAUGUCAACAUGGACAACAAGGCAGAGGAGAAGCAGUUGUCUGAGAAGUCUCUCCAGCCCUCCUCUCCCUGCAGCCCUCCAGACCAUCUAAAGUGUAACAUCUACAAAGCUCAGAUGGAGGCUGUCUAUAGAGAUGCUCCGCUGACGCCUAGAGGGAAGACCUGUAGUCUGGAGAUCAACGACAGGUAUCAGAGCUCCUGUCAGGACUCUCGAGACUCUGCCACUUCCAGUCUGACCACAGAGAAAACCUCCCUCCGCCCCGACCACAACUCAACCACAGACAGACACGCCAAGUCUAACCCUAACACCAACCGCAGGAAAAGACUGGUCAGGCAGUUCAGCUUUAACCAUGAGGACGAGGAUAAUCUCCCAGAGGCACUUGCAGCGAUCUCUUCCCGGAGCACUGGGAAGUGUGGAUCUAACAACUCACUGGACAACCAGACACAACCCUCCAUAUACCCUCAGGAAACAAACACACAGAUGGACAUGCCGAUACUGGAGCUGAGGAGUCCAUGCCGUGAGCGUUCUCACUCUCCCCACCUCUCCCCUUCCUUCUACCACACCUCCAUCCCUCCCCUGGUACCCUGCCUUGCCUCUCACACCAACAGCGAGGAGGAGAUGAGGUUGGGCAGAGAGAAGAUUCUCAGGGCUCUCCUGAUGACGGAGCUCUGAGUCCGUGACCCCUGUGACAUCAUGAAUGCCUCAUGGACCUGGUGUGAGACGACCUUCAGGAGUCCCACGUCCACUGGCUGCACUCAGCAGUCAGCAUUUACUGUACAUAAUACAGUCAACCUUUCUAGAUUUGCAUACAAAAUCAUUUGCUUAACUGUUAUUUUAAAAGGAACAUGUUUUAUGUAUACCUACACUACACACCCUGUAAUAACAUGCUCCAACACUACACACGCUGCAAUAACAUUGACCCACACUACACACCCUGCAAUAACAUGCUCCCACACCACACGCCCUGUAAUAACAUGCUCCCACACUACACGCCCUGUAAUAACAUGCUCCCACACUACACGCCCUGUAAUAACAUGUUCCCACACUACACACCCUGUAAUAACAUGCUCCCACACUACACGCCCUGUAAUAACGUGCUCCCGCACUACACGCCCUGUAAUAACAUGCUCCCACACUAUACACCCUGCAAUAACAUGCUCCCACACUAUACACCCUGCAAUAACAUGCUCCCACACUACACGCCCUGUAAUAACAUGCUCCUACACUACACACCCUGUAAUAACAUACUCCCACACUACACACCCUAGAUAA